GUAGCCACAAAGGAAACGGACAGUGCAAGAUCUCGUAGCAUGCCAAUGUCGCCAUCUGACUUUCUGGAUAAAUUAAUGGGUAGGAUGUCAGGCUACGAUGCAAGAAUUAGACCAAAUUUCAAAGGCCCUCCAGUUAAUGUCACAUGCAACAUUUUUAUAAACAGCUUUGGAUCCAUUGCAGAAACAACCAUGGACUAUAGAGUGAACAUCUUUCUCCGUCAGAGCUGGAAUGAUCCACGUCUUGCAUAUAGUGAAUAUCCAGAUGACUCCUUAGACUUAGAUCCCUCAAUGUUGGAUUCAAUUUGGAAACCUGAUUUGUUCUUUGCUAAUGAAAAAGGUGCCAACUUUCAUGAAGUUACAACAGACAACAAGUUAUUACGAAUUUUCAAAAAUGGAAAUGUUCUUUAUUCUAUCAGGUUGACUUUAAUACUAUCCUGUCCAAUGGAUCUCAAAAAUUUUCCAAUGGAUGUGCAAACUUGCAUAAUGCAGCUGGAAAGCUUUGGAUACACCAUGAAUGAUCUCAUUUUUGAAUGGCAAGAAACAGGAGCUGUACAAGUAGCAGAAGGACUCACUCUACCACAGUUUCUGUUGAAAGAAGAGAAAGAUUUAUGUUAUUGCACCAAAAACUACAACACAGGAAAGUUUACAUGCAUUGAAGUCCGUUUCCACCUUGAAAGGCAGAUGGGUUACUAUCUCAUUCAAAUGUACAUUCCAAGUCUCUUGAUUGUCAUUCUCUCCUGGGUAUCAUUUUGGAUCAAUAUGGAUGCCGCUCCAGCCCGAGUAGCUUUAGGUAUAACAACUGUACUGACCAUGACAACACAGAGUUCAGGUUCAAGAGCAUCACUCCCAAAGGUAUCAUAUGUCAAAGCCAUUGACAUCUGGAUGGCAGUAUGCCUGCUCUUUGUAUUUUCUGCACUUCUGGAGUACGCAGCUGUAAAUUUUGUGUCAAGGCAACAUAAAGAACUCCUGAGAUUCCGACGGAAGAGGAAGAAGAAUAAGGAUGAUGAGGUAAGAGAAAGUCGAUUCAGUUUUACAGCCUAUGGAAUGGGGCCAUGUCUGCAAGCAAAAGAUGGAGUGACUCCAAAAGGGCCAAGUAAUCCUGUUCAAGCUGCACCAAAAAGCUCUGAUGAGAUGAGGAAGGUAUUCAUUGACCGGGCCAAGAAGAUAGACACCAUUUCCAGAGCUUGCUUCCCAUUAGCCUUUUUGAUUUUCAACAUUUUUUAUUGGGUCAUCUACAAAAUCAUUAGGCAUGAGGAUAUUCACCAAUAA